AUGGGCCUCUUCUCCCGCGUGCUCAAGUCACGCAAUGCGUCGUCGUCGCCGGCUUCCCAUGCAGGCGCCAAGCCGCGCCGCCGGCGCUCGUCGGCCGCCAACGGGUCCAGGCGGCGGAGGAAGCGGGUCGACUUUGCGCAGGCCGGCUCUGCUGGCUCAUCGUCCGCCGCGAGCGACUCGUCGACGCCAGUCUCGGCUUACUCGGCCUCGGCAUGGGGCUCGGGUAGCUCAGGAAACUGCUCGUGCUCGGGCGAGACGCGGUACUACGGCUCGUUUGUGCCGUACCAGGCCCUGGCGCCCGAGUCUGGCUCGGGCGGCUCGGGCGGCUCGUACGAGUACGAGUACGCCUCGUGGACCGGCGACUCGGACUCGGAUCUGACCAAGGCCGUCUUCCCGCAGGAGGCUAACCUCCUUGCCCUCAACGCCAAGUACGUCUUCCGUGAUCGUAUCUACCAGGGCGAGGACACGGUGGUGUACAAGGCCCUCCAUCGCGAGAACCCGGGCAAGCUCCUCGUUGUCAAGAUCAUCGACGACGACCGCUACACCGACGACGAGCCGCCCAAGGAGGUUGCAAACCUGCUCACCCUGCAAGGCCACCCGUGCAUCCCCGACCUCCUCGACUGGGCCCCGCUCCCGGCUACGGGCUGCUACGCCAUCGUCCUGCCCUUUAUCUACGCCUCCUCGGUCCUCUCCUCCGAGCACGGCCUCGUCGCCACAUACCUCUAUGACAUCCUUCGCUCGCUCGCCCACGUCCACAAGCGCGGCGUCAUCUACCGCGACGUCAAGCCCGACAACAUCCUCUUUGAUCGCCGCCGCCGCCGCGCCAUGCUCGUCGACUAUGACUGCGCCGCCCCCUACGACGACAACGACCGGCCCACAAGGUGUUACGGCACUCCGGGCUACAUGGCACCCGAGGUUGCCUCUGCCUCACGCCGAGAGCGCGGCUACUCCACAAAGGUCGACAUCUACUCGGCCGGCAUCGUCAUGCUCGAGCUCCUCCUCCACGUCCCGCCCUCCUCCCGCCGCGGCUUCCGCUCCCAUGCCAAGGUCCGCCAGGCUCUUGAUGCCAAGAAGGCCACCGAUCCUGACGACUACAACUCGCCGGCAUGGCGCAUCGUUCGCUCCAUGCUCGCCUCCGACCCUGAAAAGCGACCCACUGCAAAGCGCGCCCUCCGCCACGAGUACUUUGCCCUCAAUCGCGACAACAUCGAUGAGACCCGUGCUGUCGCCACAGUCGUCGCUAAGCGACGCACCCACUCCAAGUCCAAGUCCAAGGCCAAGGCCAAGUCCAAGUCCAAGGCCAAGGCCAAGUCCAAGGCCAAGACCAAGACCAAGACCAAGGCCAAGUCGGGCUCAAAGUCCAAGUCGGGCUCAAAGUCGGCCAACUCGCGCCGCUCACGUUCGCGUUCGCGGUCUCGCUCCCGUGUCUCACAUCUUCGCUAAACUCUGUAUCCUU